AUGGUUAGGAUAAAUAAAUAUAAACAUAAACAUGAUGGAACAGAUGAAUUUUUUGAAAUUACAGAUUAUACACAAGCAUCAUCAUGGGAGAAUUUAAUUGCAAAAUUAGAAGAGGUUAUUUCAUCAAGUUGUGAAAAUCGUAAAUCAUCAUUUGAUCAUUCUUUUCAAUUUAAUAAUACAAAUUUUCAAUUAGUUUAUAUAUCACCAAUUAAUACUUUAUCAUUAAGUAAACAAGAAAUUUCUAAAAUUUCAAAAUUAAAAUAUAAUGGAUUUAUGAAUGCAAAAAAUGAUUUUCAAUAUAAAUUUAUAAAUAAUGAUAAUAAAGAAAAUAAUAAUAAUAAUAACAAUAGUACAAGUAAUAAUAAUAAUAAUAAUAAUAUUUAUCAAGUUGAAAAUUUUUUAAAUUGGUUUGGAAUUCAAGAAUAUUUUUUAAUGUUAGCAAUGAGAGAUAAUGGACCAAAUGUUACGGAUUUGUCUACUAUUAUGUCAGCAUUUUCAAUAGCAUUACAUAAUUGUAAUUGUUAUUUACCAGCAUUUGUUGGAUUCGAUGAAAAGAGAUAUGAGAAUUUCUUAGGUUAUAUGUAUGCUCCAAUCAGUAGUAGAUCAAUUGAUAAUGAAGAUCAUUUCUUUGUAAAAUUUGCAACUGAAUCAAUAGUUUUAUCAACGUUAACUUCGAAUCAAAACAUUUCGGAAUCAUUUGAAAAACAAUUACGUAUAUUCUAUUCAAAGAUUUCCGUUGACCUAGAUGAUAGAAAUUGGGAUCAAUUCUUAGCAUUAUCAACAACUUCAACAAAGUAUACUUAUAUUAAAGGUAAUUUCGAUGAUUUGCAAUGGAAACAAAGUAGUAAUAAUAGUAAUUUAAAAAAUAAUAAUAAAAAUAAUAAUAAUAAAAAUAAUAGACAAAUUAAUAAUAAUAAUAAUUCAUCAAUUGGUGAUGAGGAUGAAAAUGAUGAUGAAGAAAAUCAAAGAAUUAAAAAUUCAAAUAAUGGUGGUGGUGGUGGUGGUGGUGGUGGUGGUGGUGGUGGUGAUGGUAGUGGUGGUAAUAGUGAUGGUGAUAUAUUUAAAUGGGGAUAUCCAAUGGAUCCAAUUAAUGAAUUACAUUGGUGUGUUAUGUGCCCACCAAUAAAGAGUACUCAUAUAUGGAGAAUGAUUUUCAAUCAAUUCAAACACCAAAGAGUUGGUUCAUUAAAGUUUUUAUUUCAAUUAUCAAUUGGUGUUAUCAAUGUAUUCACAUCCUAUGUCGAAGCUAUUAAAUCAUCUAAUCAAUCUAUUCAACAAAUUUUAUCAGAUUAUAAUUUAUAUAAAUCAAAUUCGUCUUCACCAAUUACGACAACAACAACAACUACUACUAAUUAUCAACAACAACAUUAUAAACAAAAUUUAGAUCAACAACAACACCAACAACACCAACAACAACAACAACAACAACAAUAUGAAGAUACUAGUAUUUUAAAAACUAUGGGUACAUUUACAAAAUCAUUAGCAUCAUCAUUAAGUUCACCAUUAAUACCAACUCCAAAGGAAUUGGAUAUGCUUUUACAUGAUUUAUUCUUUGAAACUAAAGAUCCAUCUGAUAUUUAUCAUUUUAAUAAUAUUCCUGAAGAAGAAUUAAAUCAAUCACCAUUACCAAAUAAAAAUUCUAGAAUUAAAAGAUCACCAAUUGAUUCAUUAUUUUUUUCAUUUUCAAUAAUGUGUUUAAAUAUUCAAAGUUUAGUUGGUAUUUUAUUAUUUUGGAAUGAAUUUGUUGAAGAGAUUAAAUGGCAUUGGGAACAUCAAAUUUUAAUACCAAGAACAUUUUCAUCCUCUCAUAUUAGUGUUAAUAAUUGUUUAAUAUUUCAAAAGUUACAAAUGAUAAAUUAUUGUAUAAAGAGAAAACAAGAAUAUGAUCAUAUUUUUCAAUCGAAUGAAAAUCUUGAAAACAAUAAUAAUCAAAAACAACAACAACAAUCACAAAAUAAUAAUAAUAAUAACCAAGAUGGUUGGGAUGAUGAUGAUGAUGAUAUUAUUCCAGUAAUUGAUGAUGAAAAAGAACAAGAUGGUUGGGAUGAUUUUGAAGAUCCAUUAGAAGGUUUAGAUGACGACGACAACAACAACAACAAUAAUAAUAAUAAGAAAGAAGAAGAAGAAGGAGAAGAAAUUGAAUUAAAAUAUAGUGGUGGUGGUAAUAUAAAGAAACUAAAUGGUCAAUAUUUAUUAUAUCAUGAUAAAGAGAUUAUAAUACCAGAGACUCAAGAAUUUGGACCAAUGACUGAUGAUAUGGUACAAGAUCAAUUGAAUGAAAUGAGUGAUAUUAAUAUAUCACAAGAGAAAAGAAUUGAAAUGCAAACAGUUUCAUUAUUAUCCGAUAUGCAAUCAUUUAAAUACUUUAAUCCUGGUUCUGUAUUUGAAGAUUUCAUAAGAUGGCAUUCAAAUACUGAUUGGAUUACAAAACCCUCUGAAAUUGAAUCAAUUGAAAAAAGAUUAUUACAAGAAAAACAAAAUAAACAAAAAGAAAAUCAAGUUAAUAAUAAUAAUAAUAAUAAUAAUAAUAAUAAUAAUAAUAAUAAUAAUAAUAGUGACGAAGAUAUUGUAGUUGUUGAUAAUAAUAAUAAUGAUGAUAAUGAUGAUGAUGAUGAUGAUGAUGAUGAUGAUGAUGAUGAUGAUGAUGAUUUAAUUAAACCAAUUAUUGAAACAACAUUAAAUGAUGAAUUAAUUCAAAUAAUUGAUAAAUUUGAUGAAUCAAAAGGUAUAGAAAGAAAGAGUGGAUUUGGUAGAGAUGGUUGUCUUAGUCUUAGAAUGGCUGGUAAUCAUACAAUUUGGAGAAAAACUUGGAUAAAAUCAAAACCACUACCAAUUUCAAAACAAAAACAAUUAUUUGAUCAUACAAAACAAGCCAUAAAAUCUUUAAAUUAUUUAGAAUCAGUUUCACCUUCUGAUUUAGUUCAUCAAAUAAUGUCAGUAAUUUUAACAAGUAUUACAACAAUCUUUUCAAAUGAAAAAGCAAAGAGUAAUUUCUCAAGUGAAUAUUGUCUUGGUAUUGAUUUCCAACCAUUGAAACAAUUGGUUGAAAAGUUCUUUGAUACUGUCAAUUCUAUUUGGCCAUCACAAAUACCACAUUAUGAAUCUAUUAAAACUAAAGAUUUCGAUCCAAUCUUUAAGAAUUUACAAGAUAUUGAAAAUAGUUAUUCAAAAUUAAUCUCUUUAAAAACUAAAUUUUCAAAAUUAGAUAGAGUAAUUUUUAAUUUAUAUAGAGAUGGAUAUAGUGAUAUAUUAGAUAAAGAAUUUGAAUCAAUUUCAUAUUUAUUCUUUAAUGAAUUGGAUGAUUAUGAAUAUGAAAUGGAGAAUGGUGAUGGUAUACCUUCAUCAAUACAACCAAAUAUUAAAGAAUAUAUUACAAGAAGUUAUUCUCCAAGACCUUAUAAAUCUUCUCAAAUGAUGCCUCAUAAAAUGUAUACAUGUAUCUCUCCAUAUGAAUGUAGAAUUUCAACUUCAAUAUCUGAAGAAGAUUUAUAA